AUGUCGGCCUCGCUGCUGCGGCGCGGCCUGGAGCUGCUGGAGCCGCCGGGCCGGGCGAAGGCGCCGCCGGGACUCCAACGAGGCCGGGCCGGCCCCAGGACGGCGGGCGCGGCGAGGCGGAGGAAAAGGGCUCCGGAGCCCGGCCGGAACAAGGCCACGGUCAAGGGCAGAGUCGUGAAGUCGGCGAUAGAGGAGUACCAUAAGAAGAAGCCUGUGAAUCACUUGAGAGAAAACCUGCAGUACAUGUUAAAGGGACGACUUGUUGCAGACAAAGCUGUCACAGAACAAGUUCUUGCUCAGAACAGAGGCAGGAAGUCCAAAGAUCAGCCUCCAGAGAAGACAGAAAAGAAGAAGCCCGAAGGCACUGUGUUUACUGAGGAAGAUUUCCGUAAAUUUGAGAGGGAAUACUUUGGGAUCCCAUAAACAUCGUGACAGGGAUUCUUGCAGUCUUUCUGCAGCUUCUCCAGUCUGGCUCUCAGGCCUGGGCGUUUCCUUGGCGUGUUUGAGAUGGCACACGGGGAUGUGUCUCUGUGUGGGACUUGCAGAGCAGCUCUGCCUGGAAUGCAGAGCUUGUUGCUGGCCAGCUAAAGCCACAGAGGUGCUCUUGACUCUGAGGUGUGUUCUCCUUGUAAUUAUCUUCCUGCAGCCACCACAUCUUGCAUUCUUGAUGCAGAAGGGUGGACCAAGCCAAAUAAAAAUCUUUUUCCCCUUCCUCAGGUUUUAAGGCUCCUGCUACCUGUGUUAUGUGGCAGGGAGUGUUGAAAGUACUGUAUCUGAAUGGAGAAAUGUUUUCAACUAGCAUUAAGAAAAGGAAGGAUGCUUUGAAAGACUGUUAAACUUGAGUAACCCUGCAGUUUGGGUUCUGAUUACAGCCCUUGUCAGGUCUGUCAGUCAUUGCAAAAACUUUUUAUACGUUGUUUGAUUAAAUAAUUGUUGCAGA